AUGGCACCUAAGAAAGGCUCUGCCCCCGGCAAGAGUAGCUCUUCCAAAAAAGCAACACCUGCAGUUCCAGACAGUGAUCAUAUAGUUUUCACUAAGCAGAAAAAUGAAAAAAAGAAACAAGAUCAGAAAGAACCUGACGGAGCUCCACCCCGGCCUGAUGUGAAAAAGAUUAUCGGAGGAGCUUCAUGGACCGGCAAAUUGCCCGUUAAUCUGUUGUCAGAGCACUGCCAGCGAGAGAAAUGGAACAAGCCCGAGUAUCAGGGCCGGCAAGUUCCUUCAGGCAGCAGUGGCGAAAAGCUUCACCGGUCAUGGGUUGUGCUGUCAAGAACAGAUCCAAAGACGGGGUCUAUUACGAAACUCCCCCCAUUCCAUCUUCCUGCAACUCAUGCCCAUCUCGCAGACCAGCCAACAGCCCUUGAAGCCCGCCAUUUCGCGGCGGCUUAUGCUCUGUUUCGCGUGUCUAGCAUGAAGAACUUGGCAAUGGCAUUACCCCCAACCUAUCGUGACCUCUGGAAAGGCGACUUCCAGCGUCUGAAAGAAGAAGAUGUUAAAGAUGGUAGGGCAUGGAAAUAUGAUGCAGACCCCUUCGCUGCAGAAUCCAAGGGACAUGAAAUCAAGGCUGCCAGAGAGAAACGAAAAGAGGAAGAAGCGCGACAACCUCCCAAAACUGGAUCAUCAAGUUUGAUCGGUCCGGGAUCUGAUAAUGGGACGUCAAAAGCAUGGGACCGAGCACCGCGGCUUGAGCUAGGACCGGAGGCUCGGAAACGGAUUGAGUCAAUGAUCAGGUGCCGAAGUAUCUGGAACCAGAACGGACUUCACAUUUCCAAGGCGGAUAGGGAAUCUAUUGUGUCCGAUCUGUCACGAUCUGGCUUUCAACCUUCUCACAUCCAAGAAGCUCUCGAAAACUGUGGCACGCGGGAGGAAACACUAGAGUGGCUUCUCAUCCACGUUCCCGAAGAUUGUCUACCCACAUGGAGUUUUCCUCCUGGUUACAAUGCAGGAAUCACUCUCAUUACCAGCGACCUUGCAACGGACGCCAAGGUAAAGCGACUGAGCGAAGGAGGAUAUCCGAGCCAGCUAUGUCUUCAAGCCCUACGCGACAACGAGGGAAAUGAAACUUUCGCAGCAGAGGCUCUACAGUCACGACUUGUGCCGUUCAAGGUCGAGUCAAUUGUGGAGCCGGAAAGCAACACGCACGUUUGGGGUGAGGAAAUGACGGCUUUAGAGGCCAUCCUUGACGAGAGGUUCAAGCUGUCAGAUGCAGGCCGAUGCUCUAUCCGAGCUGACCCUAGUUCAAAUUUCUCAGGCACGUUUCACUUUCGCUGCCCGGCCUCCGGUUAUCCAAACAAGCCACCCGUCAUCUCAAUCGAAGCACCACAAAUACCGAGUUACAUUCGCCUGAGUGCAACCAAAAAAGCGGUCAGAUAUGCCCAAGAACAUCUGCUCGGUGACUCGAUGGUAUUCAAUUUAUUGGAAUGGCUAGAGAGCUCGAUGCCAAACAUCAUCGAAGAUCCUGGAAGGCUGAGUGACUUGGAGAUAGCUCCUGGCCCGAUGAGAAAGUCGUUAGUGGAGACCCAGAAUGAAGUGAAGAACAAUUCGACUCACACGAGAACGGCAGAAAGAAUAUACUCUAAGGAGAACCGAUCUAACCAGGCGAUAUUCGAGGCUUGGAAAACCCGUCAGAGCUCAGAAAUACAGCGGACGAUGAAUGCAGCUCGGCAAACUCUACCUGCAUGGUCCAGAAAAGAGGAGAUUGCUAGAGUAGUUGAGAACUCGCAAGUGACUCUCAUUACAGGGGAAACGGGCUCAGGAAAGAGUACCCAAGCAAUCCAAUUCAUACUGGACAGCGCUAUCGAGAAUAUGCGAGGUUCUUCUGUCAAUCUCAUUUGUACACAGCCCAGGAGAGUCGCUGCUCUCUCCUUGUCGGAGCGUGUCAGCGCGGAGCGAUGCGACAAAGAAGGCCAGGAGGUGGGGUAUAUCAUUAGGGGAGAGUCAAAGGUCUCUUCGAGAACGAGAAUCACAUUCCAAACCACGGGCGUUCUCCUCCGUCGUCUCCAGAGCUCUCCCAGUAUCAAAUCGGCCCUGGCGAACGUCAGCCACGUCUUCAUCGAUGAAGUCCAUGAGCGGUCUCUUGAUACGGACUUUCUUCUGGCCUUGCUGCGUGAGGCCUUACCUUCACUACCCCAUUUGAAGAUUGUACUGAUGAGCGCCACACUCAAUGCUGACACUUUUGUUGAAUACUUUGGUGGCGAUCGAGUUGGCAGAGUCCACAUCGAAGGGCGUACAUACCCGGUCCAGGACUAUUACCUAGAUGACGUCGUGCGGCUCGUGGGAAACGGGAAAAGAGAAUCACAGCAGGAGUCAGACGACGAACCUCAUAUUGGCAAAGCAAUCCAAAGCCUUGGAAUUGGAAUCAAUUACCAGCUGAUCGCUUCUCUUGUGCAAAAGAUUGACCAGCAGCUGGACGGCUCAAACGGGGGUAUUCUCAUCUUUAUGCCAGGCACUCUGGAAAUCGAUCGUUGUCUUAGGAGUCUUGCCGGCAUGCCGAAUAUAUAUAGUCUACCGCUCCAUGCUUCACUUACACCUGUUGAGCAACGAUUGGUGUUCAGACAGCCGCCAGCGGGAAAACGAAAAGUGGUUGUCGCCACGAACGUUGCAGAGACAUCAAUCACCAUUGAAGACAUUGUCGCCGUGGUCGACACCGGCAAAGUCAAGGAGACUCACUACGAUCCUGCCACAAAUAUCGUGCGUCUUGAAGAGGUCUGGGCUUCCCAGGCUGCUUGUAAACAGCGCCGUGGUAGAGCAGGCAGAGUCCGCGCGGGGAAAUGCUACAAGCUCUUCACCAGGAAUGUCGAAGCCAACAUGGCGAAUGUUUCAGCACCAGAAAUGGUCAGAACGCCGUUGGAGCAGCUGUGUCUUUCGGUCAAAGCGACUGGUUCAGCGCGCAAUGUGGAAGAAUUUCUGGCAAGCACCAUAUCGCCGCCUGACAGUCGAGCUGUCGCUACCGCACUGAAGACCCUGCAGCGUAUGGGUGCUUUGGAGAAUGAUCGCUUGACCGGUCUCGGGAAUUACUUGGCGAUGGUACCCGCUGACCUCCGUUGCGCGAAACUUCUCAUCUUCGGUGUCUUAUUUGAUUGUGUGGAACCCUGUCUGACAAUUGCUGCCAUCUUGGCAACGAAAAGCCCUUUUAUCUCGUCGCGCGACAAGAGAGAUGAGGCAAAAGAGGCGAGAUUGUCCUUCUCCGCUUCGGACGGCGACCUCAUUGUCGACUACAGAGCAUGGGAACAGUGGAAAGAGGUAUCUGUGACCUCGCGAUACGGGGAAGUGCGGAAUUGGUGCUCGUCGAAAUGGUUGUCCCAGCAGAUUCUCCGCGACAUUGACUCAACCCGACGACAGCUGCUCGAUUCCCUCAUUGAAACUGGCCUGUUAACUGCCAGUUACCGCAGCGAUUCAUCCCUUCACAACCGACAGAAAAGCAACAUCAUGCUCCUGCGCGCCAUAAUCGCAGGGGCACUAAACCCUCAAAUCGCACGCAUCCAAAUGCCCGAUAAGAAAUACAUCGCAUCCAUGAGCGGUGCAAAGGAACUGGACCCAGAUGCCAAAACGAUCAAAUAUUUCAACGAGGAAAACGGGAGGGUGUUUGUGCACCCGAGCAGCGUUCUUUUCGACGCUCAAGGCUUCUCUGGCAACGCAAACUUUGUGAGUUACUUCGCCAAGAUGGAAACGAGCAAAACGUUCAUUCGGGAUUUGACGCCGUUGAACCCAUAUGGGCUGUUGUUGUUUGGCGGGCCAAUCGAGGUCGAUAUAACGGGACGAGGGGUUAUAGUCGAUGGAUGGUUGAGGUUGAGAGGGUGGGCUAGGAUUGGUGUUCUGGCUUCGAGGUUACGGGCAUUGUUGGAUGAUGAAUUGAGGAGGAGAAUCGAUUCUCCUGCCGGCCAGGUGGGCGUUGAAAGAGAGGACAAUGGUGGGAUUUUUGAUAUUGUUAGGCAUCUGGUGGAGUUCAAUGGUCAAGACAGAUGA